AAAUUUCCGUGUACGUCCGAAUGGGAGGCGUUGAGGCGAUAUCGUGCUCUUCAUUCAAACCAGUUCUGCAGUCUAGGAGUUGGAUUCCGUUGCAAAUGCAAACCCUAGCAACACUACGGCCUCGUUCUGCUGGGCCCUUGAACCGUUCGUUGCUCAAGGCCUUGAGCCUCCGAGCACUCUCGUCUUCUUCCUCAGAUUACGCCAGCCAGUCUCUUGGUGGCCUCCCUCGCUUCUUCUCCGAAGUGCUUCCUCCUUCCAAGGGUGGCAUUGUUCAUAUACAAGGUGACGAGUUCUGGCACAUGUCUAAAGUUUUGAGGUUGAGCACAAAUGACAGGGUAGAGCUUUUCAACGGGAAGGGAGGCUUGAUAGGAGGGUGUAUACAGAGGAUUGACCGUUGUGGAUUGGAUUUUGUGGCUUUGGAAGAUCCAAAGUUAGUUCCUCCCCCGGGAGCAUAUUGGCAUGUGUUUGCAGCUUUUGGUACUCUAAAGGGUGGUCGAGCUGACUGGCUUGUUGAGAAAUGCACUGAGCUGGGGGCUAGUAGUGUCACCCCUCUGUUGACGGAACGUUCUUCUUCAAUUUCAGAGAAUAGAGUGGACAGAUUGCAACGUGUCGUUUUAGCAGCAACUAAGCAAUGUCAACGGCUGCAUGAAAUGAUUCUGAACCCUCCAAUGAAAAUCAAUGGUCUUCUGCCGCUUAUUGCUCAGUCGAAGGUUUGCUUUGUUGCCGUAGCAGAGGCUACUCCUGUUGUUAGUACAUUGACUUUAUCAGGAAAAGAGUGUAGUGGGCUGAUUAUAGUUGGACCAGAAGGGGACUUCACCAAGAAAGAGGUGGAGAUUAUGUUGGAAGCAGGUGCUACAGCUGUUGGCCUUGGGCCACUUCGCUUACGAGUUGAAACUGCAACAAUGGCACUUUUAUCAACUUUAAUGUUGUGGUCUGACUCUCAGCAAACAUCUAUUUCCACGGAACCCUUUUGCAGAUAGACUUAACACGAUCAUCUUCUAAUCUAAGAAUGUCUCUAUCAUUGCUUGCUACAUGUGGAUUUGUAUAAUAUCCUUGGGAUUAGAUUUUUUUUGGCUGAGAGAGAAUUUUUCGCAUGGAAUGGGGAAAUAUAAAUGGAUGCAUUAAAGGAUAAUUGUCUUAAAGCAUGAGGGGGACGAGGAGGAAGAAAAACUCAUAACGUCGGGUUCUGGACAUGAUUUGGAUAUGAGAACUUCAAAGUGUUUUGUUCUCA